UUUGAACGCCGGCAAGGAAUAUAUUAAUGGAGAAACCCUAUCCUCAAUAAGUAAUGUAAUACAACUUUUAUUGCUCGGAACAGACCCGGGGAUUAGGCAGCGAGCACUGAUAACGCCUUUCUUCAGAGCCAGGAGAGAGUCGGGUGGUAUAGCCAGGGGUUUUGGGGAGGUAGGUGGGCUCAGCAGUGACAAUUGAUUGAUAGGGACGGAACCUCCCCUCUUGGAUCGCUUCUCCGGCCUCAUUAACUGGCUAAUAGAUUUAUAUCAGAGGAGACUUAGUGGCUUUAAUUUCUCUCGUUACCAAUGUCGAUAUGGGAGCGUGGCUGUAAGUGCUUAGACAAAUCAUUUGCUACUUAAUUGAACGAGGACCGUCUGCCAAUAACAGAAAAGCUUUACACUUGAAGAAGAAGAAGAAAAAAAAAUAUCGUUUCGUCUUGAAAACAAUACAUCCUCGUACAUUUAAUCUGCCGCCCUCGUGAUGCAACUUUAAUAGCCAUAAACUUAACGUAGAAGAAGACUUUGCUGCUUGCUUGCUUUUUUUUUUUUACCAGUUCUUUAUUUUCACUUUGGGAAUUGCUUUUAAAUUAAGUUCGAUUUCUGUCGAACAGCAAUCAGAAGACGUGGAGAAGAAACUAAAACAGCGCCAUGGAGUGUCGACUCAAUCCUCGGGCCGCUGGUUCCUUCCUGUCUUCCUGUCACCCCCGGGACGUGCAUUUCAUCACCACCCCCAGGACCUGGCACCCCCACAUUUACGACCCACCGCCGAAGCAGCCGACGCCUUUUCUGAUUUCACACAUUCUUGGAUUAUCCGACCAAAGUAAAAACAGAGGGGAAGGCAAAAAACUGACAAAAGACUGCGACAGUUCGCCUGACAGUCAAGAGCAGACCCUCAGGAAGAGUCAUUUUUCGACUGGGGGAGAGAGUUUCAAGGACGAAUGCAAGUGUGGUGGAUGUUUAAGCGGCCUGAAAGAAAACGACAAUCAACAGAAGAGCGGUUCUCCAGUAACAAACAACAAUGAAACAAUGGAGAGCGAAAAACGGAAGAAAACGGACGAUUGUCAGUCCCCCGAGCAGACGACAAAGAAGAAAAAGGCGCGAACGACAUUCACAGGGCGGCAAAUAUUUGAACUGGAGAAACAGUUCGAACAGAAAAAAUAUCUUUCGUCAGCAGAGAGAGCUGAAAUGGCAACACUCUUAAAUGUUACAGAAACACAGGUGAAGAUAUGGUUCCAGAACCGCCGGACAAAAUGGAAAAAACAGGAGAACAUCUCCAACGCUGAGGCAGCGGAACACAAACUCAGUGUGGAGAAAGGCACUCACGUGCAGAAAGCUGCGUGUGCGGCGGGGAAGCAGAUGGCUGACAAAUCGUGCCAUCACAGCUCACCUUGUUCCGUCGUCAUCAAGCGAGAGGACAGCCAUUCUUCCUCCUCACCGAGUUCCUCGGACGACAGGUCUCGCGAGACUUUCAUGUGCUGUGACAAUAUCAAAGUGGAACCUUUAGUCGAACACGACAUCAAAGUUGAAAACGACGUACCAGAAAUGAGCGAAGACAUCGAUUCCAGUGAAACGGGACAUGAUUCUCUUAGCACGGCUGAUCAAGAAUUAGCACAAGAAAAGGACUUGCCAAUGGAAGUUCACUGACUUGUGUAAACCCAUUUGUACCAUUUUUCGUAAAAUACUACAUUUACCCUGUCACCCCUUUUUCUACAGCACACAUUGUAUGAUAUACAAUUUAAUAUAUGUACCUGUUGACAUAGAUUCAAAUAAAUUAUAAUGAACAUA